GGAAGGAAAUUUUCAUUCUCGUGUUUCCCAUUACGCCAGAAUGUAGUCCACGUUCGACGGUCGGAAUAUUGUCUUACAUUUCGGUGUGAAAAAUAGUGUAAAUCAUUGUGUAAGAGCCUCGUGAAAACUCGAAUCCAGUGCGAAUCGCCAGCACAAGUGUCGUUUCCUUUGUCAUAUCGCACAAAAGACUGCUCGCAGGUUUAGAAACUCGCCCGAGGAAGAAGCUUUGAAAAUGCGUUUGAUCGAUAAAGUCAGGGAAAUCGUCACGGUCCCCGUGUCGCCCAAGUACCUACGAAUCUCGACCAUUCUGAUUGCAAUUUACAAAGUGCUAGUUGCCCAUGUCUUGCUCUUCAUCAUGCUGCUGGGUUUGGCCCACGCAGAGGAGAUGAGUGCCAUCCUCGGAGCGGACAUUGCCGAUCAGAAGGAGCGGGAGGAGUAUGUUUACAUUCCCACCAAUGCCAAAGGCGAGACCAUGAACCAGCUGCGCUUCAAGUCGGCUGCCAACCUUGCGUCGGUCACACUUUGUAUGCUGUACAUUGGGACCACCUUGGCGACGAUCUACGUUCUGAGCUGUCUGGGUCUGUUGAUCGGAACGCUCCGCAACCGGCACGAGUUCUUCAUCCCGUGGAUGGUGGUGGACUUUUUCGGAACGUUGAUCUCGGCAUCCGUCAUGAUCGCAUUCGGCUACAACAAGAUGGCCUAUUCCGUCAUUGGAAAGUGGCAGUAUUGGGGCUUCUGCGCCGUUAUGACGGUAUUCAAUGUCGUCAUUUGGAUGGUGGUGCGGAUGUUCUACAAGAAUCUGGUGCACAUGACGAAGCUGCGCGAAGUGGCCGUGGUGGCCAUUCCGUGCCCGUCGCCGGGAUCGAAGCAAAUUCCGUACCAUUUCCGCAAGGAGAAUAUGCACCUGAGUGACGGGGGCCUGAAGCACAUUCUGUUCGAUUCGAAUGAGGCGAACUAUUUGGUCUAAAGUGACACAGCGGAGCACGCUGAGUGUGUGUGAUGGUUAACAGCAAAUUGUGUGAUAUCGAACAUAUUGAUGAUGUAUUUGCAAACAGAUCUCCUGUGUCGUUUCGACCUGUUUGAAUGCUUAAAAUUUGAAUUGGGAAUGAGAAGGUGUGGACAAUUGGUUGGGAAAUUCAUUAGAAAAAUGAUUGUUGGAAAGUUACACCGAGUAUGACAUAAACGAUACUAAUAAAUAUGAACAAUGCAAAACCUAUAAUAAACUCUCCUAAACUCCUCUAAAAUAAACUCUCUCUAAAAUAGUGAAUAAAAUAUGAUCUUAUGUCUUGUAA